GGACGCGUUCCUCUGGCUUUUUUUAUUAGUUCCUAACUUCCUAGUACUCAGUUCUUACUCGCAGUAACUUGGAGUUUUGAGACGACAGCGAACGAAGAUGGCGAGAUCGUGGUCGCUGCUAUGGAUCUUUGUCCUGUUUGGAAUCCUAACUCUUAUUCAGGCGAAGGAUUCCAAGGAAGAAUUGAAAGAGAUAACCCAUAAAGUGUACUUUGAUGUUGAGAUUGCUGGAAAACCUGCCGGCCGUGUUGUCAUGGGUCUGUUUGGGAAGGCUGUUCCUAAAACUGCAGAAAAUUUCCGAGCAUUGUGCACAGGGGAAAAAGGCACUGGGAAGAGUGGAAAACCACUUCAUUAUAAGGGAAGUGUAUUUCACAGGAUUAUUCCCAGCUUCAUGAUCCAAGGAGGUGAUUUUACACUCGGCGAUGGAAGAGGUGGAGAAUCAAUUUAUGGAGAGAAGUUUGCUGAUGAGAAUUUCAAGCUGAAGCAUACCGGACCUGGGCUUUUAUCGAUGGCAAAUGCGGGACCUGACACAAAUGGAUCUCAGUUCUUCAUCACAACUGUCACAACUAACUGGUUGGAUGGCAGACAUGUUGUAUUUGGAAAGGUGCUCUCUGGAAUGGAUGUGGUUUAUAAGAUUGAAGCUGAAGGCAGACAGAGUGGCACACCUAAGAGCAAGGUUGUGAUUGCAGACAGUGGCGAACUCUCACAAUGAUUUGCUCUUUUGACUUGACAAAUGCAACUCUUUAAAUUUCCUUUUUACCUGUCUGUAACACUUCUUAAUCUGAUGUACCAUGAGCUUUUGAUUUAAAGUGGGUCUUUAUUAAAUGGCAAAGAAGGUACUACAUGGUAGAAA